AUGGAUUUCGUUGAUUUUACAAGCGAUGGAAAUUUUAUGCUAGAAAAGGAUUAUACGGCCCUGAAAAGUAAAGAAAAUGAAGAACAAAUUGAAUUACGGAGACUGAGAACAGAAAACCGACUGUUACGACAGCGGAUUGAAAACUUAGAGAAGGAAUCUGCCUCUCUAGCCGAUCGUCUGAUUCAAGACCAGGUGACAAGAGCCCAAGAAGCAGAGGAAACGUUUAUGCUAAAGAAUCAGUUUGCAUCUAAUAAACAGCAGUUGGCAGAAACGCAAAGAAAACUGCAAGAAGCUGAUGAGCUCAUCCUUGAGAUCAAAGAACGAACCAACUUCAGUUACUUUUUUCUCUCUCUUCUGAUGUCAGCUUUUCUCUCUCUCAUUGCUGUCAAAAUAUCUCUCUCUCUCUCUCUCUCUCUCUCCUUAAAAGAACUUUUCUCUCUCUCUCUCUCUCUCACUCUCACUCUCUCUCUCUCCAUGCUUUUCUCUCUCUCUCUCUCUACUCUUUUCUCUCUCUCUCCACUCUCUUCUCUCUCCUCCUUCUCUCUCUCUUCAUCUCUCUCUCUCUCUCCUUCUUAUCUUCUCUCUCUCUCUCUCUCUUCUCUCUCUUCUCUCUCUCUCUUCAUCUUUUCUCUCUCUCUCUCUCUCUUCUGUUCUUCUCUCUCUCUCUCUCUCUCUCUUUUUCUCUCUCUCUCUUCUCUCUUCUUUCUCUCUCUCUCUCUUCUGUCUCUCUCUCUCUCUCUCCUUCUGUAUCUUCAUCUCUCUCUCUCUCUCCUUCUGUAUCUUCAUCUCUCUCUCUCUCUCCUUCUGUAUCUUCAUCUCUCUCUCUCUCCUUCUGUAUCUUCUCUCUCUCUCUUCUGUCUCUUCAUUUUUCUUCCUCUCUCUUCUGUCUUCUUUUCUCUCUCUCUCUUCUGUCUUCUCUCUCUCUCUCUCUUCUCUUUCUCUCUCUCUCUCUCUCUCUUCUUCUCUCUUUCUCUCUCUCUCUCUCUCUGUCUUCUUUUCUCUCUCUCUCUCUUCUUUCUUUCUCUCUCUCUCUCUUCUUUCUCUCUCUUUUCUCUCUCUCUCUCUCUUCUGUCUUCUUUUCUCUCUCUCUCUCUUCUGUCUUCUUUUCUCUCUCUCUCUCUCUUCUGUCUUCUUUUCUCUCUCUCUCUCUUCUGUCUUCUUUUCUCUCUCUCUCUCUCUCUGUCUUCUUUUCUCUCUCUCUCUCUUCUGUCUUCUUUUCUCUCUCUCUCUCUUCUUCUUUUCUCUCUCUCUCUCUUCUGUCUUCUUUUCUCUCUCUCUUCUGUCUUCUUUUCUCUCUCUCUCUCUUCUGUCUUCUUUUCUCUCUCUCUCUCUUCUGUCUUCUUUUCUCUCUCUCUCUUCUGUCUUCUUUUCUCUCUCUCUCUUCUGUCUUCUUCUCUCUCUCUCUCUCUGUCUUUUCUCUUUUCUCUCUCUCUCUCUCUCUCUCUUCUGUCUUUCUCUCUCUCUCUCUCUUCUCUUUCUUCUCUCUCUCUUCUGUCUUCUUUCUCUCUCUCUCUUCUUCUUUUCUCUCUCUCUCUCUCUCUUCUGUCUUUUUUCUCUCUCUCUCUUCUUCUUCUUUUUUCUCUCUCUCUCUCUUCUGUCUUUCUUUCUCUCUCUCUUCUGUCUUCUUUUCUCUCUCUCUCUCUUUCUGUCUUCUUUUCUCUCUCUCUCUCUUCUGUCUUCUUUUCUCUCUCUCUCUCUUCUGUCUUCUUUUCUCUCUCUCUCUCUUCUGUUAUCUUUUCUCUCUCUCUCUCUUCUCUGUCUUCUUUUCUCUCUCUCUCUUCUGUCUUCUUUUCUCUCUCUCUUCUGUCUUCUUUUCUCUCUCUCUCUCUCUUCUGUCUUCUUUUCUCUCUCUCUUCUGUCUUCUUUUCUCUCUCUCUUCUGUCUUCUUUUCUCUCUCUCUUCUGUCUUCUUUUCUCUCUCUUCUGUCUCUUCAUUUUUCUCUUCUGUCUCUUCAUUUUUCUCUUCUGUCUCUUCAUUUUUCUCUUCUGUCUCUUCAUUUUUCUCCCUCUCUCUUCUGUCUCUUCAUUUUUCUCCCUCUCUCUUCUGUCUUUUCAUUUUUCUCCCUCUCUCUUCUGUCUGUUCAUUUUUCUCUCUUUUCUGACUUCUUUUCUCUCUCUUCUCUCUUUCUCUUCAAUCUUUUCUUCUCUCUCUCUUCUUCUGUCUGUCUCUUUCUCUUCCACUUUCUCUUUCUUUUCAUCUCUCUUUUCCUCUCUCUCUCUAUUUGCCUUCUCUUUUACUCUUUAUCCUCUUGCUCUUUUCAUCUCUCUUUCUUACCCUUUUCUCCCUCUCUUUCUCUCCUCAUAUUUCUUUAAACAUGUACAGACGAUGUCCUCUGCAAAUGCAGCCAGCAGCAAAAAUAGUAAACAUGAGAUCCGGGUUUUACAGGAUGAACUGAUGACUGUGAAAAUUCGAGAGGCCCAGUCACUGUCAGACCUAAAAGAAAUGAAACAGAAAGUCAUGGAGCUGGAAACGCAGAAUCAAAUCUGCAGCAACCAAAUCCGAAGGAUGGACAGUGACAACAAACUGCUCAAAGCCCAACUCCACGACAAGGAUGAACUGGAGAAGGAACUCAGAGUCAACAUCAAAGAUCUGGAUCGAACCAUUGACAAUCUGGAAUCAAAAAGAAAAGAAGAUCAAAUGAUGUACAGAAUCAAAGAAGCUGAGUUGGCUCAAAUUAUUGGCGAACAGAGGCAAAAGAUUGCUCACCUGGACGUGCAGAAAGCGGAAUUGAUCACAUCCGGGCAGUUGCUAGCCAAAGGAGGAACACAAGACCUUCAAAAUAAAAUUCACGAUCUUCAGGAAGAGGUUUUACAACUGAAAAUGGCCAGUGGCUCCAUACUGGAAAAUGCAACGAUGAUUGGUAGUAUCAUGAGUGUAGGUGGAGAUGACGAAGAGAUGCGAGAAUUAAUGGACUCAGAAACAUUGAAUCGGACAUUAACUGAAAUCAUUGAAGGCAAAUCGCAAAUCUCUGCACAAAUGAACGGUUAUUCAGGGCUGAAUAGUGAAGAAAACACUCCAGAGAUGGCAAUUACACCCACCGAUGAUGCUGAAGAUAACAGCCUGGCCGUUUUUGCAAAAACUGUUCAAUCCAUUGAGAGAUCAAUGGGAGAAAAGGCUUGCCCUGAGGAGACCAAGAAUGAUGGUGAAGCCAAAGACAACAACGAUGCUGCCUUGUUAGAAAGUCGGGUAUAG